AUGAUGAGUGUUGGUAAAUAUAGAGAGAACAUCCAGCACAGGCAGAGGGUUAAAGUGAUUAGUAAAGCUAAGAGUAUAGUUAAGUAUAGAGAAAGCAUCGAGCACAGGGAGAAAGUUAAAGCGCUGAGUGUUGGUAAAUACAGAGAAAGUGUUGAGCACAGAGAGAGGGUUAUGGAUAGUGUCAGGUUAAGUAGGAAGCAGAGGAUGGAGAAGUCAGUAGACUUUGGUUUUGUUACGGAGCAGUUUUUAGAAAAGGUCAGAGAUGGUCCAGAUUUUGUGUGUUGUGUGUGUCAUAGGUUGUUGUUUAGAAAUCAGGUGCAGAGCUGUGUAAGGGAAGUGUAUGGUACAAGUUUAGCUACAGAGGGUAUUGCCGACAAGUGCAUUAGUGAGAAGUAUUUGCAUAGAUGUAACGAUCAGUGUGUUGUACCUUGUCAGUUGGCAUUGUGUAGAGGUCAGCUGUGGAUUUGUCAUAAGUGUCAUCGUAAGAUUAGUGCAGAUGAGAUGCCAGCUGAAUGUUGGAGUAAUAACUUGGAUGUUGAUCCCGUUCCACCAGAACUGGGAUGUCUGAAUAGUUUAGAGCAGCAUUUGAUAGCCUUGCAUAUUCCUUUUAUGAAAGUGUUGGCAUUGCCUAAAGGGGGGCAAAAUGGAGUACAUGGUCCAGUGACCUGUGUUCCCGCCAACAUUACACAAACUAGUAAUGUGUUGCCGCGUUCGAGUAUGGAAGGGUCUUUGGUGCAGGUGAAGUUAAAGCGCAAGUUGACAUAUAAGGGACAUUACGAGUACCAGUUUGUGGAUCCGUUGCAUGUAAGACAGGCGCUGGAUUAUUUAAAGGGGACCAAUGUUAAUUAUAGAGACAUAGAGUUUAAUGAGGAGUGGAUUAAUGAGUUUUUUAGGCAGGAAGAUGGGGACAGGGAAGAGGCUGGAUCAGCUAGUGAGGAUGAAGCUGGUACAGGAAAUGAGGUAGCUGGUCAGAUUGUAGAAAAGGCUGAGGUUGAUGAUUUAGCAGGUCUUAUGCCUGUUGAUAUUGGUCAGGAAGCAUUAGAUCAGUAUUUUGAUGACAUUGUGAAUAUAGCGCCUGCUGAGGGAAAUAGUCCAGUUAGGAUGCUUUCUGACCGGAGUAAUGAGGCAAAGAGUUUCCCUGUAUUGUUUCCUCUGGGUCAGAAGACCUUCCAUGACAGUCGGCGUUAUCAGUUGAGUCUGUCGCAUUAUUUCAACAAUAGGAUUAUGCACUGCGAUGGUCGUUUUGCACGUAACGUAGAGUACAUAUUUUUCGCUCAGUACAUGUCAGAGAUAGAUCAGGUAAUGUCGAGUGUUUCUGUGGCAUUGCGUAAAGGUAAGGGAGGUCAGCGGUCUCAAAGGAUUAGUCAGACUAUGCUGAAGGAUGAGGAGUCUCUGAAGCAGUUGUUGCAGUUUGAUGAUGGGUUUAGAUUUUUAAAGCCCGUCCGUGGGACGCCUGCCUUUUGGAUGUCAGUGCAGAAAGACGUCUUGUCCUGUGUGCGUCAGUUAGGGAUUCCGACGUGGUUUUGCUCAUUUUUGUCUGCAGAUCUGCGCUGGCAGAAUCUUCUGACCAGCAUCCUGAAGCAGGAAGGCUGA